AUGGGAAAUGUUGUGCGUGGUACUGUUGCCUUUGUCCCCUCAGAGAGAUGUCAACGAUAUUUAGUAGGGGAUUUGAAGGAGAUGCCUUUUGAUCGAACCCUGGACCUCAGCAGUCGUCAGUUACGUCGCUUUCCUAUCCGAGCUUCUGCAUUUAAUGAAUUAGUUAAACUUUAUCUCAGUGACAACCAUCUGAACAACCUCCCCCCAGAAUUAAGAAACCUGCAAAAGCUACAGCUCCUAGCUUUGGACUUCAACUGUUUUGAGGAGUUCCCCCUGGUUGUCUGCAGUCUCAUGCAGCUUAACAUUCUCUAUCUCGGCAAUAACCGACUUUAUGGACUUCCCAAACAGAUCAGGCAACUUACAGAGCUUAAAACAUUAUGGCUAGAGACUAACUGCUUCACCAAGUUUCCUCGAGUAGUAUGUGACCUUCCUAACAUCAAGACCCUCCACCUAGGCUACAAUCAGUUACGUAGCUUACCGCCAGAGCUCGGGCGACUGGAAGAGCUACGCAGCAUCUGGUUAGCGGGGAACUUGCUUAAUGAGUUCCCCCCUGUGCUGCUGAAGAUGCAUUACCUAGAGGUGAUUGAUGUGGACCGAAAUCGCAUUCAAUAUUUUCCAUCACUUGCCCAUUUAAGAGGUUUGAAGCUUGUAAUCUAUGACCACAAUCCUUGUGUUAAUGCACCUGUGGUGGAUGAAGGUGUGAGACGGGUGGGCCGCUGGGCAGAAAACUCUGAUGAUGAGGAAGGUGAGAGUGAAGGAAUGACUGAAAAAACAGGCAUGAAGGUGCAGGAACCACUGGAAGAGAAUAAAUGA